AUGAAGGGCAGAGACGCGGGCUGGGACGGGACGGUCCCUCGGGCGGGGCUGGCGCCCGGCCCCGCGGCCCCGCUGGAGGCGAGGACCGGUCCCGGCGCGGCCCCGGGGCCGAGACCCAGAGGCUUCGCCAUCACCGACCUGCUGGGGUUGGAGGCGGAGCUGCGGCCCCCGGGGAGCGGGGGCGACCCCUGGCCCCCGGGGCUCGGCUUCCUCUGCCGGUGGGCGGGCCGGCGGCCGGAGGCCGGGGACGCCCGGGGCCUGCUCCUCGCCGACCUCCCCUGUCCGCCGGCCUUCCCGCGACUCCCUCCCCGCCCGCCCCCCGGCUCCGAGAGCCUCCGGACGCCCGGAUCCGAUGAGGACAGCGACAGCCUCUCUGGGGACAAGAGUAGUCCAAAGAUCUCUCCGGUCCAGGCCAAGACAAAGAAGCGGCGACACAGGACAGUGUUCACAGCUCACCAGCUGGAAGAGUUGGAAAAGGCAUUCCACGAAGCUCACUACCCAGACGUUUUUGCCAGGGAAAUGCUGGCAGGGAAAACCGAGGUCCCGGAAGACCGGAUCCAGGUCUGGUUUCAGAACCGAAGAGCUAAGUGGCGGAAGCGGGAGAAGUGCUGGGGCCGAAGCAGUGUCAUGGCUGAGUACGGGCUGUAUGGGGCCAUGGUCCGCCACGCCAUCCCUCUCCCUGAAUCCAUCAUGAACUCAGCCAAGACAGGCCUUGGAGGAUCCUGCACUCCAUGGCUUCUGGACCUGCACCGGAGGUCGACGGGCAGCCCCCACAGCCAGGAUUUGGGGAUCCCCAAGGAAGGAGAGGCUAGGCAGGGGCCAGCCGCUCAGGCAGUAGGUUACAGCAGCUCCAGGCCGAGGGGCGGCGUUGAGGAGACAGCAGCGAUGGAUCUUUCCAGCUCAGCAAAACUGGAGAAGCAGAAGCACUUUGAGCCGACAACCCAGUGGAGGAGAAGGGUUUCUGAGAGAUGCCCUGGUGAGGGUUACUGAAGAGGCCCAGAGCCAGAUCAGUGCGGAGGGGCAGAGAUCAGAUCUGCCAUUUCCCUUCAAUAAGCCCUUGAAGAAAAGGAGCAGCUAGGACUUGCUUUGAUCCAGGACAGGUAACAGGCCAGUAAGCCAUUCUAUUUCAGUUGGCAGGCUGCUCAUUUUUCAAAUGACAAAAAUGAUGGCAUUUGUUUCAUUCUAAAUCAGAAAGAGUUAAUGAAGAAAUUUCAGCUAGUGAAAGAGUCAUCUUUGUGGUUUGGUUGGGAUAGAUGAGUAAAAGGCAGGGAGAUGGAAGGGGGAGAGAGAGAGAGAGAGAGAGAGAGAGAGAGAGAAUGAGAGAAUGAACCAACAAAGUUGCAGAGUUUUGGAUGUCUCCUCUACUGGUUCCUGAUUCUGUCUAAUUUGCAUAAAAUCAGUGGAAUAGGUCAAAUCUGCUCUUUUGCAGAAUCCCUGUCUGGACUGGUGAGAAGGUCGGCUCUCUCAGAAAUAGGAAAGCAAUUAGAGAUCCUUCUCAAGGGAUUCCGUGCUUCAUUUCAUUCUGAAUCUGAAUUUAGAAACUUGUUUGUCUUGGAAUCCUGCUGUAGUGCUUGAAGGGGUAGGCCACACAACAAAGAAUAUAACUCAAAACAUUUACCAAAAAGAAGCUCACCAUUCCUUGCUCAGUUAGGGUAUUUUGUGAAGUGACAGAAGAAAAUAUUUUGAAGACGUCUUAAAACUGUGUUAUGAGGAGGGCCUUCGGUCUUGGUCUUUUUCUAUUGGCCUGAAGAGCACUUUGAAUUUUGAAUUUUCUGAAUGUUUUUCUUGCCUCUAUUUUGUUUCCCACUUAUUUAUUAUUCAUUCAUAA